AUGGUUGAUCCAGCCGUCGGGCAAGUUGACAGUGCCCAACCGGGGAAUGAAGAUGUACCAGUAAACAGCGGCCGUCCCCAACGAGGUACUAAAGGCUUGCUACACAAUCCGGCGGUCCGUUCUGCCCUGCCAUUUGUCAAUGGUGGCGCGGCAGGCAUGUUUGCCACAACGCUAAUCCAACCCAUCGAUAUGAUCAAGGUGCGGCUUCAGCUGGUUGGUGAAGGCGUUAAGACCAGCUCGCGUGCUACGCCGAUCAGCAUAGUUCGGGAUAUCAUGGCCACCGGCAGAGCGAAAGAUCUGUACACAGGGCUUUCUGCUGGAUUACUCCGGCAGGCUAUCUACACAACAGCGCGCUUGGGUACCUUCGAUACGCUGAUGAAGGUCUUUAGCGAUCGCGCAGCGGCUCGCUCAGCAAAGAUAGGAUUCAAAGAGCGCGCGAUGGCUGGUCUAGCCGCAGGCGGGUUCGGGGCCUUCAUCGGAAACCCAGCUGAUCUAGCACUGAUCCGCAUGCAGAGUGACGGUCUCCGUCCUGUAGCCGCACGUGCUAACUACCGCGGCGUCGGCGAUGCCUUGACGAGAAUAGCCAGAAAUGAAGGCGUCACCCGAUUGUGGGCAGGAGCAACUCCUACUGUUGUUCGAGCAAUGGCACUUAACUUCGGACAGCUGGCGUUCUUCUCCGAGGCCAAGUCACGUUUGGAGGGCACAGCACUGGGGUCGCACGCGAAGACACUUGUCGCGUCAGCAUUCGCCGGAUUCUUCGCAUCUUUCUUCAGUUUGCCCUUUGACUUCGUCAAGACUCGUUUGCAGAAGCAGCAGCGUGGUCCGGAUGGCAUAUUACCAUACAAAAACAUGAUGGACUGUUUCCGCAAAGUCAUUGCAGCGGAGGGCCCGCUGCGAUUCUACCGUGGAUUUUCGACUUACUACGUUCGCAUUGCGCCUCAUGCGAUGGUGACCCUGAUCGUUGCCGACUAUCUGGGAUUCCUGACCAGAUAGUUGAACAUAGCGUGGUACAGGGUGAUAUGUGGAUUUCUCUUGAUGUAAGGCACAAAUGGCAUUUUGUGAGUCGGCGCGGGUACCCGCCAGGUUGACACCUGCCAUAAUGGAAGCCGACGGGACAAAUCUCAGGCGAUAAAGCGAAAGGUUGUACAUAGUCAGUCAGAGUAUCGAAGCUCCUGAACGACAGUGGCAUCUUGAUUGCGAGGCAUGAGAUCGCCGUAAUCGCAGAUUUCAUCUCGCUGACCGAGGUCUAGGGAUGUUGAGAGAAUAAGGACGGGAUCGGUGGCGCAUUGAUCAAGUGGACUUCAUGAUGUAAGUCUGGCUGUCGAUGUGUUCGAUAGUGAGGUCCUGGCACAUAUCUCUGCAGUUGAGAUAGUAAGACAAGAGAAUUGUUUCUAGGGUGGACAGAAAAUGAGAGAGAUGUGCAC